AUGCGUGGAGCUCGAUCUGAGGAGAUGGAGCUAUUUCAAACUUUUCUCACAACAAUGUCUGCGCCGGAGGCACAACGUGGAACUGAUAUCUAUCUAUGGCGCAACAGAGCGGGGGAAUAUAAGAGAACUUUCUCUUCCAAGUCGACUUGGGAGCAACUUAGAGAUCACUCUCCAGCUGUUAAUUGGUUUAAGACAGUUUGGUUCAAAGAAUUUGUGCCUCGAUGCUCUUUCAUUACUUGGCUGGCAGUGCAGAACAGGCUUCCAACAAAGGACAGGCUUCGGAAUUGGGGACUUAAUGUCCCGGCGGCAUGUGUUCUGUGUAUCUCCGGAACGGAAACACAUGACCACCUCUUCUUUGAUUGUGAGUUUUCUCGGGACAUUUGGCGAGAUCUAGCUUCUCGGAUUUGGCAGAAUCCUCCUCUAGAUCUAUCCUCGGUUAUAACUUGGAUUCUCCAGCCUCGACCCAGUCCUCAUGCUUCAGCUUCAGUCAUCAUCAAACUCCUCUUCCAAGCGGCAGUUUAUCUGAUUUGGAAAGAGCGCAACUCAAGGAUUUUCAAGAACAUCUCUUCAACUUCCGGCGCCAUAAGAGUCUCCGUUGAUCGACUCAUUCGAGACCGUCUCCUCUCCCUCCCUUCCACCGAUGGAAGCCCUUCUCUCCUUGAAUUUUACUUUGGUUGUAUUAAAUUAUUUCCUUAA